AUGGCGGCGGCCUCCCCACGUCUCCCGCAGCCCGCCGAGCCGUCCGCACAGCCUCCUCGUGCAGGGCGAAAAGGGCGGGGCCAGGCGAGAAGCGGCCCCGGCUGGAAACGCUCCCCCGCGGUGCUUUGGUUCCUAGUGGCGGAGAGGCGGCAACAGGGCAGCGUAGGUUUGCGGAGCGCUAGCGGGGAGCGGCCGCCUGGGCCGCUGGCCAGGCUGCGGCAGGCUUGUAACGUAUGGCGUGUGGGCACUGAGCUCUUCCUGCUCUCCUGGGGAGGCAACGGCUCUACAGCACGUGUGUGUGGCUUGGCUGGGCAGGAAGUGGAAGGGACAGCUUUAGAGAUUGGAGCCGGUAUGCUGAGAAUUAUGAGGAAAUUCUUGGUGAGUGCCGUGAAGCCAUCACGUGUUUGCAAUGAGCUGUACAUUCCCCCGGAUUUAGAUACUUUCUCUCAUGCCUACUUCAGGAAGACAAAAAUGAGAGUCCUAAGUGUGACACAGGAAAACUGCAGUCUAAGAAAUUACAGUUCUCCACCAGGAGAUGUUAAGUCUCUGCGUUCUGUCAUUAAUCCUCAUAUAUCCAGAAUCCGAAACAUUGGCAUUAUGGCCCACAUUGAUGCAGGGAAAACUACAACAACAGAGAGAAUGCUGUAUUAUUCUGGAUACAUAAGAACACUUGGAGAUGUUGAUGAUGGGGACACAGUGACAGAUUUUAUGGUACAGGAACGAGAAAGAGGUAUUACCAUUCAGUCUGCUGCUGUUACAUUUGACUGGAAGGAUCACAGAAUCAAUCUGAUUGACACCCCAGGUCAUGUGGACUUUACAGUGGAAGUUGAACGUUGCUUGAGAGUCCUAGAUGGCGCAGUAGCAGUGUUUGAUGCUUCAGCUGGUGUUGAGGCCCAAACUCUGACAGUGUGGAGGCAAGCAGACAAGCAUCAGAUACCACGAAUUUGCUUUUUGAACAAGAUGGACAAAACCAGGGCAAGUUUUACAUACGCUGUUGAAAGUAUCCAACAAAAGUUGAAGACAAAACCUUUGCUUCUACAGUUGCCCAUUGGGGAAGCCAAGACCUUCAGAGGACUCGUUGAUGUUGUGACUAAGGAACAAAUAGUUUGGAAAUCUGCUUCUGAUCUGGAUGAUGGAAAAAAUUACAAGCAAAAGCCAUUGCUGGAGUCUGAAGAUCCCAAGCUUUUUCAAGAAGUCCAGGAUGCCAGAAGUACCCUAAUAGAACAAGUUGCAGAUCUGGAUGAUGAAUUUGCUGAAUUGGUUCUAGGAGAAUAUAGUGAAGAUUUUGACUUAAUACCAGCUGACAAGCUGCAGUCAGCUAUCCGUAGAAUCACAUUGGCUCAGAAAGCAGUACCUGUGCUCUGUGGCAGUGCCCUGAAGAACAAAGGAGUGCAGCCAUUGAUGGAUGCUAUCAUUAUGUAUUUGCCUGCACCUAAUGAGUGCUCAUAUGAAUUUCUACAGUGGUACAAGGAUGACCUGUGUGCCCUAGCAUUUAAAGUUCUUCAUGAUAAAUGUCGUGGACCUCUAGUGUUCAUUCGUGUUUACUCAGGGUCACUGAAACCUCAGUCAGCCGUAUAUAAUAUUAACAAGAGUUGCACGGAGAGAAUGAGCCGGCUGCUCCUGCCUUUUGCUGAUCAGCAAAUUGAAAUACCAUCACUCAUGCCUGGCAACAUUGCCCUUGCUGUUGGGUUAAAGCAGAGUGCCACUGGAGAUACCAUAGUAUCAUCAAAGGCUUCAGCAGCAGCUGCAGCACGCCGAGCUGGAAGGGAUGCUGGAGAAAAGAAUAGGUCUAGAAGUGACACAGAGAACCUUCUGCUGGCAGGUGUUGAGGUACCUGACCCCGUCUUCUUCUGUACAAUUGAACCUCCUUCAAUGGCCAAACAACAAGACUUGGAUAACGCAUUGAGCUGCCUCCAGCGUGAAGAUCCAAGUUUAAAAGUGAAGCUAGAUCCUGACACAGGACAAACUAUUCUUUGUGGCAUGGGAGAACUACAUAUAGAGAUCAUUCAUGACAGGAUCAAACGUGAAUAUGGAAUUGAGACUUACCUGGGACCUCUUCAAAUAGCAUACAGAGAAACUGUCCUAAAUGCUGCCCAAGCUACAGAUGUAUUGGACAAAAUGGUAGGAGAUAGAAGACACUUUGUAACUGCAGAGUUAGAGGUGAGGCCCAGGGUAGUGGAGACAGCAACAACGAAACCCCUCAUUGAGUAUUCUGCAAGCGUCACUGAAGUGCUGCCCAAAGAACUCCAAGGAGCUAUAGAAAAUGGAAUCAUGAAUUCAUGCAUUCAAGGACCCUUGCUUGGAUUCCCAGUUCAGGAUAUAGAUGUGACAGUGCAAUCACUCACUGUGCACCCUGACACGUCUCACACGAUGGUAUCAGCUUGUGUUUCCCGUUGCAUGCAAAAGGCCUUGAAAAAAGCUGGUAUACAAGUACUGGAGCCCCUGAUGAACCUUGAAAUCACAGUAAGUGAAGAUCAUCUCAGUGCAGCACUUGCUGACCUUGCACAGCGGAGAGGUAGCAUUAAGGAAAUCCAGAGUCGCCAAGAUAACAGAGUUGUGGUCGCUACUGUUCCCUUAGCAGAAACAAUGGGCUACUCUACAGUUUUGCGUUCCCUAACAUCAGGCUCAGCAACUUUCACUUUGGAGCUUGCCACUUACCAAGCCCUGAAUAGUCAAGAACAAAGUGCACUUCUUCAGAGGAAAAUGGGGUUGGUGUGACAACUUUACUCUGUAGAAUAAUAAAGAUAUUUCUAUCCCCCUUGUAUGUAUUUUAAGGACCCUAUUCAUGAACAUUAAUAUGUUCUUCUGGUACCAGCUGGGUGUGGUAAACGAUGAUU